AUGAUUAUCCCAACAAUCACUACCAGAGCUACCACUGUCACUGGUACUACCCCUACCAGAGCCACCACUGACACUAGUACUACCUCAACCAUCAAUACCUCUGUUACUAUUACAACCCCAACCAUCACUACCAGAGCUAUACAGUCACUAGUACUACUCCCUAUUAUCACUACUAGAGCUACAACUGGCACUGAUACAACCCCAAACAUCACUACCAUAGCUAUCAAUGUCAAUGGUAAUUCCCCUAUCAUCGCUAACAGAGCUACCACUGUCACUGGUACUUUCGCAACAAUAACUACCAGCGCUACCAUUGUCAAUUGCCAUACUAUCACUACUAGAGCUACCACUGUUACUGUUAUUAACCCUUCCAUCACUACAACUGUUAUUAGUACUACCACAACCAUGACUACCAGAGCUACCACUGUCACUGUUACUACCACAACUAUCACUACCACAGCUACCACUGUCAAUAGUACUACCCCUACAAUCACUACCAUAGCUCCCACUUUCACUGGUACUACCCCUUCCAUCACUACCACUACCACUGUCACUAUUACAACCCCUGAUAUCACUACUAGAGCUACCAUGGCAUUGGUACUACCCCAACCAUCACUACCAGAGCUUCCACUGGCAUUGUUACUACCCUUUCCAUCACUACCAAAGCUACCUCUGGCAAUGAUAAUACCCCAGCCAUUACUACUAGAGCUACCAUUGUCACCGGUACGACCCCUGGCAUCACUACCAGAGCUACCACUGGCACUGGUAAUACGACUAACAUAA